UAGAGUUUAGCUACCGCCAACGCAUUUUGUGCGUUCGUCUUUUGCAAACUUAAAAUUUACUCACAAAAAGUGAAAAAAUGUCGAGCACAUCACAAAAACAUCGUAAUUUCAUUGCUGAGCCCAUGGGGGACAAGCCCGUGACGGAAUUGGCAGGUGUGGGUGAAGUUUUAGGUAAACGUCUUUCCUCUGCCGGAUUUGACAAGGCAUAUGUGGUUUUGGGCCAGUUUUUAAUUUUGAAGAAAAAUCAAGAGCUUUUUCAAGAGUGGAUGAAAGACACUUGUCAGGCGAAUUCAAAACAGUCGGCAGAUUGUUGGCAGUGUUUGAAAGACUGGUGUGAGGAGUUUUUGUAAAUAUUUUUGCCCUCUUUUGUGCAGUUUCCUGCUAAAUACAAAACUCUUCAAGUUUUACGUUAUGGAUGGAAUUAUAAAUCACUAAUGUAAAUAUUUUUAUAAGUGAAAUAUUUUAAUUUAGCACAAAAUGUGGAUUAUUUCUAUUAAUCAACAUAUUCAUAAUAAAUAAUAUAAAGCG